GUGGAAGACCCAUGUAGAUCAGAGAAGGUAGCAGCCCAGCUUGUGACCUCAGAGGGUCUGCUGGUGACCCUCAGGAGGAUGGAGGCCAUGGUCAGCAGUGCUCUGGAUGCAGCUGAGCUGGUCAGGGAGAGUCAGCGAAGGGUCAGCCAGGUCAAGGAGAGGAUGGAGAGCAUCACUCAGAAGAUGGAGGAAGCUCUGACCAGAGCAGCGGACACAGAGGGUCAGCUCAGUGCCCUGGAGGCCAGGGUCACAGCCAAACCUCAAUUGCCAGGUCCUAUAGGGCAGACAGCCCAGCCUGAUGUUGAAGCUAUAGGAAGAGACAGACCCAGGAACCCCUCUCCACCAGAGCCUGUGACCGAAAGCUACAGCAAGUCUCGAUGGCCCCUUAUAAGCGGUGCCAUUUACUCACAAACUGGAGGAGGCAGCAACAGUGGCAGAAAGAGCUGUGACGAUUCAGAGGCACCUUGCACUGAUGACAACAAAAGAAGCCAAGUCCAAUGUCCUGACUUUGUCCCAGACCAAAAGCACAACAGUACCAGCAGUGAUGGUCCUGCACCUGCAUUUUUAGGUUCCAUCCCAGUGUCAGAGACACAAACGCCCCCAGUGUCCCCAUCACAAGUCUUCCUCCAGUACGAGUGUGCCCCUUCACUUACCGUCCCAACGGAUACACCCCCUCAGUCUGCCUGUGUCAGUCACGCUGCCGCUCACACUGAGGAGAAUGUAGCAGGUCUCAGAUCGGAGGAUCCUAGUUGCCGUGACUACUGUCAGUCAGAGGCCCGCGACUGUGGGAGUGGCCAAGCAUUGCUGCCUGGAGACUGUGGGAAGAGUCAGCCAUCAAACCCAGAAGACAGUGCUGGUAGUAAAGCCUCUGAACCAGAAGAGAGUGGGAGGAGCAACGCAUUACAACCAACAGAUAUUGGGUGUGAUCUAGAGCAUUGUGGGAGUUUCCAUUCUCGAGCUCUACCGACUGUUUUAAUAACAGGCUCAGAUAAGGAAGGAGGGGGCCACGAGUUGUACUGCUUUCCCUGGGUUCAGACUGAACAGCAGUUAGAAGAAUCCCCUACCCAACCCACUCCAGCUGAGAGUCCCUUUUUUUUCCCCCUGACACGACCCCGAGCCCCACAGCCCCCCGUUAUGCCCGUCCUCCCCGAAGAAGAGGAGGAUUCCCCUGAGGAGCUAGACAGUUCCUCCAGCUCACCCAGCACAUAUACACCAGUUGAAAGUAGAGCAGUUACCGUGGCGAUGCCUGCUCCCACCAUUGUCUUCCCAAAGCAAGCGACCGUGACCGUGGUCCAAGCAGACCGUCGCCCUCUGGAACAGACCAGACCACACAGUCCCAGAUCUCGCUUGUCCCGAAACUCCCUGGCAGGACCCAUCACGACAGUCGACAGUACUGGCAAUGUGAUAGACCUGGUGAAAGACCAUCUGCCUGAGCUGCAGUUCUCGGAGGAGGACCGUCAGAAGAACCUGGUGCUACUGCAGGAGGCCAAGAAAGUCAGCGACCGCUUCCUGAGCCGCAGGGGCCGAAAGUCCCCCUGCAGCCUCUCUGAAUCGCCCACAAGUCUUUCUCCUAACCACACACCAUCCUCCUCACCUGUACCGUCCAGAAACAGCUCUCUUAUCACAGCCCCUCAAAUAGCUGUAGCCACAGAGGUGAACUAUGCCCCAUCAUCGCCUGUCAGCCUGCGAUUGGAGGUUCUGCCUGCGAGGGAGCAGGCUGAUACCAGUACACCGGAGCAUGAGAGCACCAGGAGGUUGGUGGACUGGAAGCCCAAUGAGAAGCGUAAGGUGUCCUCAGGCACCCUGGCUCCCCGCUACUCUGGCCCCCCGCCCCCCAGGGAGCCCAGUGGGGGCCAGAAGGAGAACUGUGACCCCCGGGUAACAGCUAAGAAUUGCCCAGAACCAGUACUAGUCAAUAAGCCAGAGGAGGGUCUGGUUCGAGCCCCCAACCAGUCCCCUGCCACUGGGGUGGCCAAGCCUGUCCCUCGGCCCCCCACUCAGCAGGUCCCCUGCACGGCAGAGAUCAAGACAAUCGGGGCCUUUCCUCCCCUCAUGAGAGCUGUUUCCUGGGACACUGUUGGAACCCUCAACGCCAGGAAUGGGGCACCAAGUCUCCCCCCUACAAACGAGGAAACCUUUGCCUUUCAAGACAAGGCCCGGGAUGCCCUGCUCAAGUCCUCUGGGUACAAGGACUUCCCUGUACAGCCUGUCAACGUGCAGAAGCUGUCCAAAAUAAGAGAGGAGAACAAGCUGAUGCGGAACCAAAGCAUUGUGGGGUCAAAGUUGGCAGACUUGAGUGAAACAGCUGAACAGGAAAGAGGGUCUGCUACUGAUGAGGAGGCUAAAGAGAAGUCAGAUGCCAUGCCCAACAUCUCAGACAUCAUGCUGAGGAAACUCAAACUGCACAGAGGGCUACCAGGCUGUGCACCUCCACUCACGGAAAAAGAAGUUGAGAACGCGUUUGUUCAACUGUCGCUGGCGUUCCGGAACGACAACUACACUCUGGAGACACGGCUCAAACAGGCAGAGCGGGAGCGGACCCUGACCGAGGAAAACACAGAGAAGGAACUGGAGGAAUUCAAAGGCUCUCUGAAGUGCACGGCACCACAGUGGAGUAACAUGGAGCAGCGGGAGUCUUACCAGUGCCUCAUAGAGACAGUAGCAGUACUGCACCGUCUAGCCACCAGGCUCUCCAGCAGAGCUGAGAUGGUUGGAGCAGUCCGACAGGAGAAACGUAUGAACAAGGCCACGGAGGUGAUGAUGCAGUAUGUGGAGAAUCUGAAGAGGACCUAUGAGAAAGACCGCGCUGAGCUGAUGGAGUUCAAGAAGCUGGCCAACCAGAACUCUAGUCGCUGCUAUGGAGGAUCCAUAGACACUGGAGAUGAUGGAGUCCCACGGCCAUCCAGAUCAAUGUCGCUGACCCUGGGAAAGGCUUUGCCCAGGCGGAGGGUCAGUGUUGCGGUGGUCCCCAAAUUUAACCUCCUGAACAUCCCUGGUCAGACCCCGGUCAUGGCAGGACCCGGCCCCAGCGUUGCCAUGGGACCCAGCCCCCAACCCACCAUGGGCCAAGCACUUCCUGUCCUGUGUGAAGCCAACAGUAUGAAAAGCAACUUUCCCACUGAUACUACACAGCCAGCUAUAGCUGAGAGUGGAAAGACUGUGGCAGAGCAGGAAGCUGAGCAAUCUGCCCCAGCCAAGCCCUCCAUCAACCUAGAGGAGAUCAGAUCAGAGAUCAAGGCAAAGAUCGAGGAGGAGGCCUACAAUAAAGGCUACCAAGAGGGACUGAAGAGAAGUAAAGAAGUCAAAGAGGUGGAGGAGGAGGAAGAGGAGGAGAAAGUAGAGGAAAAGCCAGAAAAGAAGGCUGAAGGAAAAGGAAAAGAAAUGAGCAGAAAAGAAAAGUUCAGCAGUAAGGUUGAAGAGGUCCUAGUUGUCCUUGACCGGCGUUGCCCCAAGAUUUUCCGCCGUAACCAACUUCUCUGGAUUGUUUUGACGUUAUUCCUGGUCACAUUUCUGGUCGUCAACGUUUUCACAUACUUUAGUGAUCGCUAUAACAACCAUGGGGACAUGUCGGCAGAAAAAGCCAUGGUCCAGGGCAAGAAGAAGAUCUUUGAACUGAAUGUAGGAGUACAGCCAAAGAAUCCCACUCCAGAAUAACAAAGAGCUUGUCUCAUACUUCUCUCAGUCCACAGACAAUUUUUUCCAUGAUACAUCACCAUACAAGAGCUGAACUUGAAUACAGGGUUUUGAAGGGUUUGGGGAUGUAUCUUUGGGAGCGUUUAUUGAGUUUUUUUAUUGGUUUCAGAGGAUAAGCCUUCUAAUGAUCAUAAACUUUAUCAAGGCAUAUUUAUGUUGUGUUAGGAAAGCUGCCCAAGUGUUUGUGAUGGUGAUAUAUGAUUGUUGCUUAGGGGGCCAAGUAUAAUAGUGUGAUGAAAUAUUUUCUUAUGUAAGAGAUCCAGGACUUUGGAUUUUAAAUUAUACAAUGACUAUGAGGUUAAAAUGCAGACUGUCAGCUUUAAUAUGAGGGAAUUUUCAUCCAUACCACGUGAACUGUUUAGAAAUUACAACACUUUUUGUACACAGUCCCCCCAUUUCAGGGAGCCAAAAGGUUUUGGACAAAUUCACUUAUAUGUGUAUUAUAGAAGUACAAAGUGUAGUAUUCGGCGUAUGACUCUACUAAUCUGUUGGAUGCAUUCACAAUUUGUUUUGGUUGUGUUUCAGAUUAUUUUGUGCCCAAUAGAAAUUAAUGGUAAAUAAUGUAUUGUGUCAUUUUGAUGUUGUAAAUAAGAAUAUAAUAUUAUAAUAUAUACUAUUAAUAUAAUAACUCUUCUACUUUAAUGUGGAUGUUAGCAUGAUUGCGGAUAAUCCUGAAUGACACAAUGAACAGAAUGAACGGGUAGGAUUAGCAUUUUGGGGGUAUGAUAUUUAUACCUCAGUAACUUUAACACUCAUCAUUAUUCACUAUUCAUUCAUCAUUUUCCGUAAUCAUGGUAGCAUCCACAUUAAUUUAAAAGUGUUUAGAAACAUGUUCUAUUAUUAUUUACAAUAAAAUUUACUCCAAAAUACACAAUACAUUAUUUACCGGACUAUGUACACAAAGUGCUGUAAUUUUUAAUGGAUGAAAAUACACUCAAACCAAAGUUGACAAUUUGCACUUUAUAGUCCUUGUAUCAUUUCAAAUCCAAAGUGCUGAAGUACAGAGCCAAAAAUAUAUAUAUAUAUUUGUCAUUGUCCAAAUACUUUUGGACUGUAUAUAUUCACAAUGUAUUGUUAUUAUUCCUUGUCCUACUCUGAAUGUCAUCCUGGAGGACUGAAUGUGGCCCCUUGGGUGAAGAUGGAUGAUUCCUGAUGAGUUCCCUAAGACAAAUGUCCCAGUAGACAUUAGACUAAUGUACAUUCAUCUAUCACUCUGUUACUUUAUGUUCAUUCUCUUAGGUCCAGUAAGAGGACAUCCCCUGAAGAGAUUUACAGAGAGAUUUAAAGAGAUAGAUAGGUUUUUUAUCUUUAGUAAAAUAUCUAUAUUUGUGGUAUUUAAGCAGAUACUAUUUUGGAUAAUCAAUAAUAUAAGCACAUUCCAAAGUAGUUCCUCAAGUGCAAUAUUUAGCAGCUGAUGGUUCUUGUUUGUUUGUGUUGUUACUGUGUUGGUUUGCGCCCUCCGAGCACUGAAAGAUUUCCUUAAUGUACGAGAGCACUUUUAGACAGCCUGAGAAAUCUUCUCCCCACAUGCGUGCCAGGGUUUUCUGUUGUGUCAUUUUCGCCUUGAAAUAAAGGUGCCUUAAAACGUGCAGCAUUAAUUUCCAUAGUGAAUAAUGUAUAUCAGACAGACAGGUGCAGUUUCCAUGAAGCAAACAGGUGUGUUGGCAGAGUUCUCAUGCUAACCUCCCAAAUCAGUCGCUUCCUUGGAGGAAUGAGUGACACAGUAAUUGUAUUUUUCAGCACAGCGCUUGUUCUCUUCCCCCCUGCACUUAUGAAAAUGAAAGAUCUUUUGAACUUUUCAUAUCUCUCAGGAAACCACUUAUGUAAUCUACUUGGCUCCAUUAAGCUGUAGCUGCAGUGUGUCAAGGCUGCUUGAGUGAUUCUCUCUAUUUUAAUAUUAAAUUCAUGUCACAAAAUAAAAUAUAAAUGUUC